AUGUCGAAGCGCUCAAGAUCAGACUCUGCGUCGAGCUCCUCCUCGUCCUCCAGCUCCAGCUCCGGAGGCUCGUCGGUCGAAGCUCAGACCGCCUCUGUAUCCACAGCCAAGCUACCUGCUUCUCGCAACCUCUCCAACAUUGGCUAUCGUCCACCGCGCGGGUUUGAGCCGGUCUCAUUCUCCUCGUCCUCCUCAUUGCUCCAUGCGAAGCUGUCGGCAUCCAAGCAGCAGCAGCUUUGGGCGGUACGCAUCCCAGCCGGCCUCACACCGUCGCAACUCGACGGAGUGGUGAUCGACCUUCCUCGCGAUACGACCGACCUUUCGAUCGCAUCGAAACCGCUGGGAACCAUUUCAUCCGCUCAGAAUGCUGCCGAGUACAACUUUUAUGCAUCCCUUCCAUCCUCGCUCAAAGGCAAAUCUAGGAAAACGCCAUCGGGCGCCUCCUAUUCGCAACUCAUCGCAAUGGCAUCCGAAACAGCAUCCGCGCAGAAAGUAGAUGCCAGCGUCGUUUCCGGUCAAGGAGCAGCGUCGGAGUUGGAGAGUCUGCAAUUGCUCGUUCCAGCAGGCGCGGGUGAGGAAGCCGGGAGAAUGGUCAUGGCGCCGGUGAAGAUCGAGAGGUGCAUUCAUCUGUCCAUUGCCAGCCCGGCGGAAACGGGUAGGGCGGAGAGGAUGAAGGAGACGAGCAACAGGUUUGAGGAGAAGAAGCUGCCCCAGCAGCCGUGGCAUUUGUUGAAGGGGAAUUUCAAACCUGCUGGUAGCAGAGGUGGUGAUGAUGGCGAGACGCACGAGGCCGCGGAGGAGGACAAGAGAAAGGUCAAGGUCGAGGACGGGAAGAAGAGCAAGAAGUCUAGGAAGGAUUGA